AUGUUUCCUUAUUUUAUUGCGAAACACGUUCGUCAUUUCAGAAUUGUUCCUAUAGAGCCUCUAAGUGUUCUUAUUUUAAAUCAUUUUCUUUCUUUUUUUUCUUUCUUUGCAGGCAAGCCGGAGGUUAUAGUCAGAGGGAUCCACAACCAAAUCCCUGUGACAAUAGAUCCCAUCAAAUACAAUCGAUACAAAUGCACGUACACAACACAGGCACCAGGCAGUUAUUUAGUCUAUGUCAGUUGGUCUGGAGUAAGCAUUCCAAAAAUGCCUUUAAAGGUGAACGUCACACUGAGAGGAGAUGUGUCAAAGGUUAGAGUCCUCGAAGAUGGACUUCGGGGAAGCUUUGUUGGAAAGGAGACCAAGAUCAAUGUAGAUACAAGUAAAGCAGGUCCAGGUGACGUUACAGCCACUUGCACGAAUUCCAAAUGUAGUCUUCGUUGCGAUGCCAUAGAAAAUAGUGAGGGAGGUGUCACAGUGUCUGUUUACCCUACCGAAGCUGGACGGUUCAACCUAAAUAUUUACUAUGAUGGAGAAAAAGUCCCUGGUAGUCCAUUUCAUUUGCGCGUUGGGGAGCAACCAGAUGCCUCUCAGGUCAGGGUGAGAGGUCCAGGUAUCGAAGGUGGCCUGAUACAGUAUUUUGAGAGUACGUUUUUGGUGGAAACACAAGGAGCCGGAGCUGGUCAGCUAGCGGUCAAAAUCAGAGGCCCAAAGCAGGGAUUCAAAGUUGAUAUGAAACGAGAGACCUUCAACGACAGAAACAUCAUAUGUCGCUACGACCCGAUCGAAUCCGGACAUUACGUUAUUAACGUCACGUGGUCGGGCAGACAUGUGCCGCGAAGCCCAUUUGAGGGUUCUUCUUCUUCUUCUUCUUCUUCUUCUUCUUCUUCUUCUUCUUCUUCUUCUUUACCUCAUUAUUAUUAUUCUCUCUUCGCCUCCUUCCUUUGCUAA